CCAGUGGACUGGUGUAUCGGUGUAUCGAUCGAUCUGCUUUGUAUGCACCGAGGGUGGCACUGGGGCACCGUGGCUCGCCGCCUCGCCGAUAUCCGCUUUAUAAAUACAACAAACACCAAGGAAGUUCGUUUCAUUUUGUUGGCAGCCAUCGAAGCGUUGACAUAACCAGCAGUGCAGCUGCUGCCACCUGUCUUGUCGCACCACACGGAUUAUACACUAUCACCACAGCACCACCUCGCACCACCACAGCACCACAACAACACCCCACGACACAUCCAACUACCCAACCAACCACCACGAACCGAGAUGAAGCUCUCUGCCAGCUCGAGGAGCAUUCGCCUGCUGCUGGCCAUCGCCCUGACCAUUGCCGUGGGGGGAGUCGAGGCAGGUCGUCUACGCCUGCGCCACGCUAGCCGCCAGAUUGCGCCCACCACAGCCACAGCCACAUCCGCAUCCACAGCGACAGCCACAGACUCCACUGCCGCCUCCAGCACAGCCGCCAGUGCAGUGGCCGCUGAGGAGACGCUGGUGGCGGUGCAGCCGGCGGAGGAGAGCAGUGCAGCCGAAGCGGGAGAGGGAGAGUCCGCCUUGGCCAGCGGCAAGCACAAGCGGGGCAUCUUGCAUGGCCACCACGGCCAUGCCCUGCACGCCGCUGCCCCCUGGCCGGCACGCACCUAUGCGGCCCACUAUGGCUACAGCCUCCAGCUGCCCGGCGCCAGCAGCUUCCUGGCUGCCGGCCCCGCCCUCGCCCAUGUGCCCAUCGGUCCUCGUCAUGGAUACGUGAAGUUCGGAGCCGUCGCCCCCCAGCACGGGCUGCACAUCAGGCCGUUCUCUCUGGCCGGAGCAGCCUCUGGCCCAGGGCUGGCAGCCGCCUUCCUGCCCGCCGCCGCCGCUGGAUCCCUGACACCCGCACUGGCCACCGCACUGCCCACGGCCAUCGGUGGCGGAGGGCUGCCCCUGGGAGUCGGCGCCGUGGCAUCGCCCUCAUACGUUCUGCGUCCAGGCAAUGCCGUCGUCUCCUCCUACAGCGUCAACUAUCCGCACCAGCAUCUGCACAAGCCCCAGGUGGUGCUCUCGUCCGGCCCCAGGCCCGUGCACUUCCACGCCACAGCCGGAGGAGCAGCAGCAGCUGCAGUCCCAGUCCCACUCCCAGUCCCAGCCCACGGCCAGGUCCAUGCCGUGCAGCCCACCUAUGUGCAGGCCCUGGCUCCAGCAGCUCCUGCAGUGGCUGUCCAGCCCGUCCAGCCCGUCCAGUCGUUCCAACCCAUUCAACCCGUGCAGCACUACCAGCCCGUACAGCCCUUGCAGCCCUUGCAGCCCGUGCAGCACUUCCAUGCCGUUCAGCCGGUGCAGCAGCCAUCGGUGACCUUUGCUCUGCCCUCUGCGGUUCCCCAACCCCCGGCAUUUGCAGGUGUUCCCACCUUCGCCUUCCAGCCCGCUCAGCCCGCUCAGCCAGCGGUGCCAGCGCAGCAGCCACAGCCCGCCCAGCCGCCAGCAGCAGCAGAGGAACCCGAGAUCCCUCAGAUCCCUGCCAUUCCUCAGAUCCCUGCCAUUCCGCAGAUCCCUGCCAUUCCUCAGGUCCCUGCCAUUCCGCAGUUCCCAGCGAGCCCCCAGUUUCCGGCCAUUCCCCAGUUUCCGGGCUUCCCCCAGUUCGCCGGCUUCCCGCAGAUGCCACAAUUUCCACAGGCGCCCACGGCACCCGCUGCUCCCUUUCCACAGGCGCCGCCCAACAGCCAGUUCUUCCCCACGGCCGUGCAGCCGCCGCUGCCCCAGCAGCCGCCCACAUUCAUCCCGGCGGAGGCGCAGUUCCCGGGCGGAAUAGUGCCGCUGCCGGGCUCGAGUCCAGUGCGUCCCGAAACGGGCACGGCCAUAGCCUCGCCCCAGAUACCCCCCCAGCAGGCGCCAGAGCAGCCGGAGCCCGAGCAGUCGCCACCACCACCGCUGCCCACGGUACGUCCCACACAGCAGCAGCCACAGCAGCCGCAGCAGCCACAGCAGCCAUGGAAGCCGGUCUUCUAUCAGCCGCCCACAGAGUCUGCGGCAGCCUCGCCCAACCGUCCGUCGAUCACGCUGCUGCCACCCUACGGCAGCGCCCAGCCAGCAGAGGGCUAUCUGCCGCCCGUCGGCUCACAGCCAUCGGCCUUCAGCUCCUCGAGCGGCGGCGUUGGCAGCGGCCAGGGAGGCAUCUUCGAUCAGCUGAGCGACGCGGAGCUGGAGCACAUCUUUGCCCAGGCCAAUCUGGCGCAGCAGCAGCACCACCAGAAGAAGGAGCAGGGGGAGCAGGAGGAGCAGGAGCAGUGGAUACUUCAGCCAGCCCCUGCCAAAGCACUGACAUUGGCCUGA